UCGGAAGAGAAAAACGAGGAGAGAUGCAAGGAUUGUACCCAAAGCACCCAUCCAGGGUUCUGCAGUAACCAUCAUCUCCAUGUUCCUGAUCUCAAAGUCACAGAGCGAGACGCAACAAGCAGGAGACGAGGCACACAAGACAUCCGAACGCUCAGAAUGUCAGCGUUGGCAGAUAAAAAGAAAUCGUUGUGCGGUGUACGCGUCUGAGAGACGGCAGCCAGCGCGGAGGAUGGAGUCUUCCCGCAUCUUGACGUCUCUGUACGUCUUGGCGGUUUCCGCGCAUUUCUGCGACCGGGAUGAGCCGGAGUGCGGGGUCAACCCGAGGACGCCCGGCCUUCUUCACAUGAACGGGUCGGUCGGGCCGAUGCGUGUGUUGGUGACGGGCGGCAGCGGCCUCGUGGGGCGAGCGAUAGAGCGGGUGGUGAGAGAGGAGAGCCGAGGGAGAGAAGAAGAAGAAUGGAUAUUCCUGUCGUCCAAGGAUGCCAAUCUUAUGAGCGCUGAGGAGACGAGAGCAGUCUUCCAGAAACAUCGGCCAACGCACGUGAUUCAUUUGGCCGCCAUGGUGGGCGGACUCUUCAGAAACAUGAGACAGAACCUGGACUUCUGGAGAAAUAAUGUGUUUAUUAAUGACAACGUGCUGCAGGCAGCUCAUGAGUUUGGAGUGGUGAAGGUCGUUUCGUGCCUUUCCACAUGUAUCUUUCCGGACAAAACCAUCUACCCUAUAGAUGAGACCAUGAUCCACAACGGUCCACCUCAUGAGUCCAAUUUUGGUUACGCUUACGCCAAACGCAUGAUUGACGUCCAGAACAGAGCGUAUUUUCAGCAGUACGGCCGGCGCUACACAGCCGUCAUCCCCACAAAUGUAUUCGGCCCCCAUGACAACUACAACAUCGAGGACGGCCACGUCCUGCCGGGGUUGAUCCACAAGACGUACCUGGCAAAGAAGGAAGGUAAACCUCUGGAGGUCUGGGGUUCAGGUCGGGCUCUGCGGCAGUUCAUCUAUUCUCUGGAUCUAGCUCGUCUGUUUCUGUGGGUUCUGAGGGAGUAUGACGAGGUGGAGCCCAUUAUUCUGUCAGUGGGAGAGGAGGAUGAAUUGUCGAUCAAGUUUGCCGCGGACGCUGUGGUUGAAGCACUGGGCUUUGAAGGUGAUGUGAUCUAUGACACUAGUAAAGCAGACGGUCAGUUCAAGAAGACCGCCAGUAACGCCAAACUACGCAGAUACCUGCCAGACUUCAAGUUCACGCCGUUCAGACAAGCCAUCAAGGAGACGUGCGAUUGGUUUGUGGCCAAUUAUGACUCCGCCCGUAAAUGAAGAUGUUCGCAUCUCAUUGGCGAACGCUUUUUCAAUGCUGGAGACCGAACAAUGACCGACGAAACAACACUGAAUUAUUUUUUUUACGAAGACACACUCGUGGAACACUGCCGUCUAAGCCCUGUUUUCAUGCUUUGUUUUAAGUUUUUCUUAAUGUUUUCCAUUUUCGAGAGAUGCAGUUACUGAAACCGCACAACGCUGGGUAGUCAAAUGCAUUUAUUAAUGCAUAAACCGCUUCAGACGGCGCCGCUCGAGUUAGCAGCCGCCCGCCCUCAGUGUCCCAAACAGGGUGUGAGAUUAACACUACCAAAAAGAACAUAAACCCAAGUUGGUGAGUAUUUUAAAUUGUGGGGAGAAAAUGUUGUUUUAUGGUUACUGCAUUGUUGUGAGGAAGUAGCGCAGUUAUCGAAUCGCAAAAGCUGCGGUUUAAAUAUAGAAAUAGUCAGACGCGAUACAUUUUUGUAGCGAGGGCAAUCUAUUGUCAGCAAAACACUGCUUCGUGAAGCUUGAAUCGAACUCACCUUCACUUUGUUACGUCACACUGUUUCAAACCGAAGCAUUAUUACAAAACUCGCCGCCAGAUGGUGAACUCGUGAACCAAUGAAGGAGUUUCUAAUAGUUGACUGGGUCGGUUUAUUAUGCAAGUUGAAUUUAACCGAUUGUAAUACUUGUGCGUGUAUAAUGCAAUAAAGGAGAAUGUUACUUUAAGGUAGGGUAGGUGAUUUCAGAAAGGCUAAUCCCACCCUCCAAGAGGCUAACCCUAGACGAGAUACUGCAUUGGUUGAAUGCAACGCUGUCGGAUUACCUUCUCAUUCACCAUUGUGAAGACAUAACAGUAUAAAGCGCAUAUAACAAUGUGCUAUUAUUACAAUAAGAAUGCCGUUCCGUUCUCGCUCGUUCUGCAAUAGCGUAAUGUAACCCACUUAAGACGUAUCAAAAAAUGUCUUUGAACCAAAUCGCCUGCCCUGCCUUUUAAAUUGACAAGCGUUGCCUAAACACACAAAUCAAUAAUACCGAUUUUAGAAUCGGAACUUUUUAACGGUGUUAUAUUAUUCGUUCAUAGCACGCUUUGACGUAAACGUUAGCAGCUAGUUUGUAAAAGGUGCGAAAUGCACGUGCGUCGUCCGACCAGAAGAUGCCGCCAGCCUCGUGGCGUCGAAUCGUUUUGGGUCGUAACUGGUUCAAGAGCUCCUCGAAAAGCUCCUGACCUUCAGGACCGCCUUCUUGAGAAGAGGCGACGGGCGAGACGGAGGUCAAAUCAGCGAAGUUCUCGCCCUUCGUGGUGGAUCACGUGACGCACGCUUGAUUAUACGUGGGAUGUCGUUUUAAAUUGCGUCGCUUUUAUGUUGAAGUAAAUCUGGAGCGACCCAUCGUGCUUUUAAUGUUGAUAAAGAAGCGCGUUUUAAUUAAAUAACAUCACUCUGGAAAUAUUGUAUAUGUUGGUAACUGGCCACGCUUUGAAGAUGAAAGAGUUGCGUUUAUUAAACAUGAUGAUAAAAUAGAUGAAUGAUUUGAUUUGAAUUGUUACUAUGGUUUUGCCGAUCUGCCAGUCAGGGUUUGUCUUCUAACGAUGUGUACUGUAAAGUUUAAUAAGACGCUUGUAUAGGAAACGAUGCUUUUCUGUAUGAAGGAGUUUGGGAAUCGUUAUGGUUUCCGAAUCACACAAGAAACCAGCCUCAGUGUUAUAUGGUCCAGACUGUUCUCUCAAGCUACUGAGCUUCACAAAGGAGGCAGAUUCACAAAACCCACGGGGAAUAAAAUGCUCAAUGUAUAUUCUCUUUCCGAAGAGCAAAAAAAGGAAGGACGAGCGAAAAAUAAACUGCAAAUUGCA